AUGUUGGCACCUCAUCCACAGGGACAAGCAGAAAGGAAAGGCAUGGCAGAAGAAAUGGAGGUGGAGAGGAUGCAUCUGUCACAGGAGGCCAGAGAGAUGAAGCUCCAUAUUCACAGGAAGAGAACAGAUUGGGUGGAAAUAUAUGAAAAUGAUAUUAGUGAUGAUCUCCAGGUGGUAAAACCUCAGGUGAUGUAUAGUUUCAUCUGCAUGUUUUCCAACUCUCUUGUUAAUGUGAAUUACUUACAGAAACUAAGAUCUUAUGGAGGGGGCGUGGCGGCGGUGGAGCACACCGUGGGGCCGGCGAGAGGGCAGGAGUUGGCCUCUAGUGGCGCCUGGCGCCUGUGGAAGUUGCUGGCUGAGAAGAUCCGGGGAGCCGAUGGACCACGGACUGGCGUGCGUUCUCCUCACGCCCCUCUCGGGCGUCCGCGCUCCAGCGUCCUAGCUGCCCCGUUCGUGGCUAUCCGGGAAGUGGCCUGGCUGCUCCUUUGGUUGGCCGGGCUCGCCCACACCCUAGCCUCGGCCUUCUCCAAAGUCCCCUUCUUCGAUGGCAUCAGGGCCACUUGUUCUGAAAUUGUUUUGAGGCAAGAAGUUUUGAAAGAUGGUUUUCACAGAGACCUUGUGAUAAAAGUAAAAUUUGGAGAAAGCAUCGAAGAUUUGCAGACCUGCCGACUCUUAAUUAAACAUUAUAUCCCAACAGGACUUUUUGUGGAUCCAUAUGAACUGGCUUCAUUAAGAGAGAAAAACGUAACAGAGGCAGUGGUGGUUUCAGAACACUUUAAUAUAGAAGCCCCCAACUAUCUCUCCAGGGAAUCUGAAAUUCUCAUGUAUGCCAGAAAAGAUGUGCAGUGCAUUGAUUGCUUCCACUCCUUCUUACCUGUGCACUACCACUACCAUCGGCCACAUAGCAAAGAUGGAGACACACUUAUUGUGAUCAACAACCCAGAUCUGUUGAUGUACUGUGACCAAGAGUUUCUAGUUUUGAAAUGCUGGGCUCAAUCCAAAGUAGCAGCUCCUUGUGCUUUCAAGAGUAAGGAUAUCUGCCAGUGGAACAGUAUGAAGUAUAAAUCGAUCCUCAAGAAUGUGACCCUACAUGUUCCAGUGGGACUGACUAUACAAACCUCGUUAGUGUGCUCUGUGACUCUGCUCACUACCAUCCUGUGUUCUAUUUUAAUCCUUCUUGCUGUUUUCAAAUAUGGACACUUUUUCAUAUAAGUUUUUUACAGUUAAAUGUUUUCUGUAAUACUAAAUAACUCUUAUUUAUUUGUGACUAGAAAUGCUCUUCUAAAAUUAACUCAGCUUUUGUCUUAUUUUUAUUUAUAGUUAAAAUUGCAAGAGGCAUUUUAAGUUGCUUUUAGCUAAUUCCAAAAUUUAGUGCUUUUGUGUAAACCUUUGAAAAUCUUUAGUCAUCAAGUGCCUAUAGCAGAGGCUUAACUCAGUUGCAUGAAUAUUUAUUUAGCUAGAAGUGACUU